UUUCUCGUCUUUUUUUUUUUUUUUUUUUCAGUUUUUCUUUGUGCUCGCCACACUCUCUACGAAAAUCAUUUCUGUCAAGGGUUUUGGUUUGUUCGGAAAAGAUGGCGUUCUCCGUCGGCAAAUCGGCUCUCUCUCAGCUCCGACUUUACUCACAGAAGGCUGAUGAUUCAUCAUCGGUGGCACCUAGACGUGGAUUGCAUAUCGAACCUGGUGCUCGCGAGAAGGCUCUACUAGCAGACGACUCGUCACUGAGACGCUUUAAAUCAAAUACAAAGAGUGUACGAACCCUCAAGAGGGUGGGAGAUGUUCUCACUGUUGUUGUUGUAGCAGGAUGUUGUUAUGAAAUUUAUGUGAAAGCCGUUAUGAGGGAAGAAGCUAGGAAGAAGGCAAGUGGAAGCACCUAGUGGUGGCUCAUGAUUCUAUUCUGCAUAUUUGCAAUCCCUUCAUUCUCUGAAGCGUAUAGGGAAUAAGUCAAGGGAACAGCUGUUUGAAUAUUUAGUGCAAGAAACUCAUGGCUUAAGGCCCCGCUGUAUGCUCAUAGCAAAGCUGAGAACUUGAUGCACCAAUUUUUCCUUUUAAGAAACUCAUGUUUUAAGUAGGUGAAAAUAGAAAUAAGGUUGGGUGGCUCUUUGAACCCAAAAAGCCUAAAUGUGAUUCCAUUUGUUUUAUAGUUUGCUGAUACUUAUGAUUGAGUUUUGCCUUUGUAUUCUGUUGAUAGCCCCAGUGUGGUUCGGGCCUCUGGCACUAUUUGAAAAGAGCUAAUUUCACUUAAAAAGGUUUUGAAA